GAUAACGGCAACAAGGAGUUGUCCCCUAUGUGCUGAACUAUAUCCUGAGAUCACGCUGCUCCAACAAUUAGACCAUCAGUGCCACCACUGGGAUCAGCAUUUCUAGCAUGUUUUCUAAGCGCAAAGCUAUGGACGCUGGAAAGCGUCCUGCAUUCCACGAAGGCCAUGCAGCGCCGUUGAUUCAGAUUCUGGCAUGGCUCUUUCUCGUCUUCUCGAUAUUAGCUGUUACAGCGCAGUUUGCCACCAAGAAAGCUAUGGCUCGGCAAUUUGUACGAGCUGACUUCGUACUGUUAGCCGCUUUGGUUCUGUCCGUAGGACAGGCAGCUACACUUCUUAGUCCUGCUGGUCAGCCUAUCGGGAAUCUACAGGCUGGUCUCUCACCAGAUCAAAUUGACGGGGCCUGGAAGGCUUUGUUCAGCAGCGAGAUAUUGAGCGUGCUUACCAUCAUUGCCGCCAAAGGCUCACUGCUCGUCUCUCUUGGGUCAGUGACACCGGUCGCUGGACACCAGAUGAUGAUGCGCGCAACGGGCGUUCUGACACUACUAUGGGGAUUGAGUGCUGUCUUUCUCUUCGCCUUCCAGUGUCCAUCGCCACAGCGAUGGGAUAUUACGAACCCAAAAUGUAUGGAUAUCCGCGCCAUACGAACGUACAAUGCUGUCAUGAAUAUCACGACUGACCUUGCGCUUGCAAUUGUGCCGACACUGAUGGUACUACCGCUGCAGAUUACAUCGGAGAAACGCCUGACACUCGUCACUGGCUUUUGGUCACGCAUAGUUGUCGUAUUCGCCUCCGCUGCUCAGAUCGGAUAUAUCCGUAGCCUACCCCAACAAAGCGACCUUCUUCACUCGAUCUGGCGCAUCGUCGUAUGCGGACAAGUAGCUCAAGUCGCUAGCAUCAUGACCACAACGAUCCCCUUCCUGAAACCUUUUAUGAUGAGCCUCGACUCGGGCCUCUGGAGCGCCAACCAUGCUGGUGUUGCUACUACGUCAAGCUAUGCAUCUGCAGUUCGUACAGGCCAUUUGUCGAGCUAUGUCAAGAUUGCCAGUCAACAGAGUCGAGAUCCAUCGAUCGUGAAAGGAGACAAGGAUAUCGAUAUCUGGGUACGCAAGGAAAUAGUGGUAAAGAGAGAACCGAGUAUCGAGCUGCGAGAUAUCGGAGGGAUUGGAAGAUAACUACGAAAGAAGGGUCUCUUUUGUUACGGUACCUUCAGCUAUUCAUUGCGAGCAGGUUUAGUGUCCCAUUAUCUCAGAAAGUUCGUUGGACUCCAAAUCAUCUUGUUGUAUGUUUUUGGCGUGAAUCUCUCAUUCACCUUCACUCCCACGCAGCACGCUUAGACGUCCCGCGUAGUCCACCUGACUCUUUCCUCAUCGAGAGCAGUGACGUAGCGUCAAAAACGCGCUCUUACCUCGCAAGCCAAAAACUCUUUCCACGACUAUACCUCCCACCUUCCUUCUCUAACCAUACCACCUCAACCAAUACCCGA